GCUGCGUUUUUCAUGCAUCAUUAUAAAGGUUUCCUCCCUCCCUGGAAGCCUUCUGAAUGGACGCGAUACUCGGCUGGGCUGCACUCAUGUCUCCUGCCUACACACACACACACAUACAUACACACACCGAGCGACCAAACAAACGGCUUACUUACUGACUUAAUAGUCCUGAUUCUUUUUCGUCUUCUUCUCCGUGGGGCUCCUUUUGUCUUUUUGUUAUUUAUUUUUUUUUACCUUUUCUCCUCUUCUCGGAUACUACUGACUCUACGCGUUGGAUAUGUGCACACAAGAUGAUGACAACCCCUUUCCUGCCCGUAGAAGCAAAAUAAAAUAGGCUUUCGCGCACUCCAGAUUGUACCCUGUCGUUCCAUAUGAAGAAGUCAAAAAUUCGGAUACGCAUUUGUGUCCAUUUACUGCUGCUGAUCACGCUCGGGGUACAUUCAAGUAAAUUUGACGUCAACCCAGUGACAGAUGACGUCUCUAGACUCUCUAUCUUGAAACAUAAUAUUCCUAAAGACUACAAAAUUCCUGUACGUUACGUUCCAAAAGAAGAGGCUAGGAUGUGCUGGGUAAAACUCAACGUCUUUUACUUGGAAGAGAGUUUGCAAGAUUUAGCGCACAAGUUUGGCAACAUUUCAUCCAAUAGAAAAGAUAUUAGCAUAUUUAUACAAAUGCUCCAAGAACUACGGCUCAACAUGGGGUCUGUGGAGCCUGUCAUGUACGACUUUGAGUGCCACUACAGGGAAGAGAGGUGGCCCACGGAGCAAUACUUUGAGUUUGUCUCAGACUUCCUUACAAGUGCGCAGCAUCGAGACAAUUCUGAUGACUGCGAGCCUCCUCCCUGUCCCACGACGGCAUACACACAAACAGAAGAAUAUUUAAAAGAAUUGCCGCCAUCCAGCAGGGAAAGCUCAGAAUGUGAUUUGUCAACAGGCUGCGAAACACAUAAACAAGCACGGCUGCUUCCUGAGGUGGUGGAGCGAAGUCUUCUUUCGUUACUCUUCAUUCCCUUCCUAGCCCUCUUAUUCCUGCUCGUAUGGAAGCUCAGAUCACGACGGAACAAGCAGGAUCUUCCACAGAAUUCUGGAGAAAGUGGACUCUUCACGGGAACGGAAGGGACUGCGGCCCCACUAGAUGCUGAAAUAACAGAAAAAAACAAGCUGAACGUGAUUGAAACAGUGUAAUGAAUCCCUCCGUGUUGUUCAGAUGGUAUCUCAACUGGAACUCCAUAGAGAAAUCUUCUGAGGUGAAAGGCCCGCUUUGGAUUCCUCUCCAGAUUGACGGUGGCUCAGCUAUGACUGCCACGAGCAAAAUGUGUCUGGUUAAACCACACAAUUCUACUGUAUGGAUAAGCUUGCCUUUGCUUUAAGACUGCGUUAACCCUGUGCUUUUAACAAAACGACUGAAAGCCCAAAACGUAUUUGGAAGCCCAUGUACCACCUCCACCCCCCGACCCCCCCACCCCAACCCCACCGCCCUCCUUGGAGAUUGAUGACUGUCCGCAGAGAAGCCGAUGCUGGAUGAUGAUGCGAUGAAGUGCUACCUCCGCUCAUCCUCAUCUUCGCCUCCUUCUCAACACGUCUGCUAUGUUCUCGGAUUCCAACGAGCAUCACAAUCAUCUCCAUAGCUCAACUCGUCUCAUUGAAGCGUGUGUAAGAUCUAUUUAUUUAUUGAUGGUGGCACUGAGCUGCUACACUUCUACACUUUUUUGAGGUGGAGCACCUUUAGCUACGUCCUUCCUUCGUCAUAUAAACUGAAAAAAAAACACAUUCCAGAACAAGUUACAGUUCCUUGUUCUCCCAUUUGGUCUGGAUGCUUGUCCUCCAGCAGAACCACGGACUCGUGGCGAACAACUUGACUUUGUAACAACGGUACCGGAAUUGUAACAUGGAUCAAGGUUCUAGACAGGAUGGGAAAGAUGCCAAUCAUAUGUGGACACCACAAAUUGCAACUAUUUCAUAUUCUGUACAGUGGAACCUCUAAGGUCAAACACUAACUAUUUGGAUAAUGGGAAAUAGAAACAUUAUUAAGCGUAAAGUCGCUGUUUUAAGUCACAUUUUCACAUUCUUAAAGAAGUGAAUCAGUAUUAAUAGUAAAAAUUUAAAUUUUCUAACAAAUGAGGAGGUGUGUGGUGACGCUGGAGUUUUACUGCUUCGAACUUGAGUCUGCUUACUACAUCUAACUUCUUGUUGCAUAUUUUAAAAAAAUGCAAGUGCAAAGCAAAAAAAAAAAAAAAAAAGCCUCACGGGAGGCAGUUUGAACUCCAAAGUUUUUUUUUGCAAAUGUUUUGAUUCAAUUACAAAUUGUUGGCUGAUCUGCUUUAGAGGUUCCACUGUGUUUGCUGGAACAUGAGGUCGUGACAUGACGGAUGUCACAGAGCAGGGUUGGGAUCGUUUCCUCAGUCCAUCAGAGUCCAGUAUACUGCAGCACGUAGAAAGACAAGACCACACAAGAAAACUGAAACUUCACUGAAAGGUGCUGUAUGUCUUUGUAUUAAAAGUACAGUCGUCCCUCGCUACGUCACGGUUCGAACAUCACUCCCUACCUAUAUCGCGGUUUUCAAAGAAUGAAUUCAUGAUUGCUCAUUUAUGGUUGACUAUGGCCUCUUAUUAAUAAAAAUAUGGAAAGACAAGUUAUACGUAGUAUUCUGGUCACUUGGCAUCAGUAAUGUUACAUUGAUGAGACAUUACCUUAGAUUACAUUACCUUCACAGUGCAUGCAGUCAGCAAUGGCAUGUCUGACAUGAUAGAGUGAAAAAAAAGUUCUUCUCCCAUUCCGUGUGGAAGUGGUACAUUUUUGGCUUCUUGCUUUGUCCUUCUUCCCCACACCGUGGGGAGUGGGGAAAAAUGUUUAACUAGUUAGCUCGGUAGCUUGCUAUAUGCUAUGAGCGGCAGCUGCCUCUUAUGUCCCUGCAGUGAUCCUGUGGCCUGCACAUUAGUGUUGUGCAAUGUGGUGUAAACAAAGAAUAAUAGGAGUGUAAAGGUGUUAUUAAGAGGGCUUUUCUAUGCUCUAACUAUGAAAAUAUUCAGUUUAUUAAUAUUGAAUCCUACUUUAUCACUUUAUUGUGGUCGGGUUUGGAACCAAUUCACCGCGAUAAACGAGGGACGACAUUACAUUUGUACAUUGUACAUGCAUCAGUAACUUUUUUUGCAACCACAAAAAUAUAACAACACCACCAGCGGCUAGAAUAUGUUAGGGUCGUGUAAAACAACAGAUUGAACAAAUGAGUUAAACUGCAUGAAAAAUGGGUGUAUAUUGUCUUUCGGCCCGUCACUAAAUCGCUGUCAAUAGCUGACAUUGUAAUGUCGGGCAUCGCUUACAUUCUCAAAACAUGCAGAGGGCAGGAUAUAAUGCUUGCUGUACGUUCAAACGCGAGCGCCCUCUUGGUAGGGUGACCAGAUUUAAUUUACAGAAAAUCAGGACACUCAACCCGGCAGUGAGAUACUCAAAUGAUACUCGAAGUUUACUCAAAGAUGCCUUAAAAUAUCUAUACAUAUAAAGUAGGCCUCCUCUGUAUGGCUAGAAAAGUGUUAUAUAUAAAAUAAAAUACUAUCUACAGCCUAAGACACACAUUCAGAUUCUCAGAGUUACUCAACAUGUUUUAUUAUGCCUAAAAUAAUACAUUUUCCAAUGGUGUGCAAAUAACAUUAACGUCUCUGGAAUUAACUAAUGAUAGAAGUAAUGUCGCUUGUGUAUUAGAGAAACCACCUUGUAAGAAAAUAGUAGCUCAAGUCUCACUGGACAAAUAACUAAAAAAUAUGAAAUCAGCUAUAUUAGCAAACCCCAAUACUGGCCAAUUCAAUGGACCAAUGGAAACACAAUGAAAACCAGUACAUUUUAAUCACUUUCUAAAAAAAACAAAAACCAGGAAGGCCAGGAUAGGACAUGUCCUGGGAAAACACAACGUGGCCUGAGAAAACAGGACAUUUGGUCACCCUACCUAAUCAAGGCUGACAGCACCUUUAACGACCCAACAAGACCAACAAAAAUGUCAAAAAUGUAGACAACCUGACUAAGCCAGUUAGUACAGUUUAAUAUGAAAAAUGCACAAGAAAUGCAAUUUUCGAAUUAUCGUCCAAAAAGCCGCCCGUACACAAAUAGGUUGCACAACUGUGCAUCCUCAAAACAGUUUAAGACCAAAACGGUCUGAUUCACGUCAAAGUCGAUCUCCAGCUCAACAACAAAGCCAGCUAACGUCAGUUAGUGUCUUUUCAGCAGAUGCUAACCCAAUAAGCGGCCACUCUAGGAGGCAUGUCGCCUUCAGGGAACAGCAGUCAUGUUGACUUUGUUCUAUGCGUGCAAACCACAGUCACUGGAGGACCUCAUGUGCUGCGACACUUAGAAGACUCUGUCCACUUUAGACUGGUGUGAAAACCAUUACCAUUACCAUUACCAUUACCAGGUUUAUGAGGUUUGUCAGGUGAAGAUUUCAAACAAGUGUGCUUCCUCGAGAGAGAUUUGGAUUUGAUCCUUGGAUGCACUUUGUUGGAUGGCCUUGUCUUCACUUUGAUAUUAGACAUUUUUUAAUGGAGGGGUGUCCAAAGUGCGGCCUGUCGCUGUUUUUUUAAAAUUUUUUAAUUGGCCUGCAGCACAUUCUAAAAAUAUAUUUUUAAACUUUAAAAACCCCAGCAAAAUAAAAAAAAAAAAUCAGCUGUAAUUUUAUAAGAAUAAAGUCCAAAUAUUAGGAGAAAAAUGUUGUAAUCUAACAAGAAAAAGUCGUAAUUUUACAAGAAUAACGUCGCCAUGUUAUGAAGAAAGAUACCGUCAUGAAUUUAAAAUAUUAAAGAAAAAAAGGAUGUUAUUAUUUAAAAGUCCUAAUAUUAUGAGAAACAAACAAAACAAAAUAAAGUUGUAAUUUUUAGUUAUGGGAAUAAAUACAUAAUUACCAGAAGAAUUGAAAAAGGUGGACAGUUUUAAAAAACACCUACAGUUUAUCACCCAAAGCUGAGAUGCAGUUUUUUCUUGAAAUAUAUAUAUCAGUUAUCGACUUGUGUUGGUUUACGAAAUAUCAAAGUGACCCUUGCAUCCUUUCAUUUUUCAAUAUGUGGCCCUCAGUGGAAAAAGUUUGGACACCCCUGGUCUGAUGUCUGAUGGCAACAGCACAGCCAUCAUCAGACUCCAGUUAAUAAGCCCCUGACUGAAUUGCUGAAUAAGUCAAUGUAUGUGGUUUAAGUACUCUUAAUAAAAGAUGGGCAAUAUUCUCCUUUAAUGACAAAAAGGAGGUCAAUUUUAGUUUUGUGCCUUGUUGGAUUGGACACAGUGGACCGUUCCAUGCUGAUUUGAACGUUGCACACUGCAGUAACGCUACCAUUUGUUUAAGGAACUCAGAACGUGAAUCACAGACAUCAGAACUUGUCGAUUCUCUUACAUUCCGUGCAGGGAUGGGCUGUUGAUCCAACUUCAAUGAUAUUAUAGAGGAAUUGAUUGUUUUUACAACAUCAUGGGAGAGUCUCUGAGUCUUCUGAACUCCUGUUUCCAAGUCAGUGACGCGUGAGCAGAAAAAAACUGCCCUAGUGAAUGCAGCUGUUUCUUUUUAGGCCGUAACCAAGUUGAAACCGGAUCGUUGUGGUGAGUUGUGUUCUCAGUGGCUUCAAGACACAAAUAAUCAGCAAUCAGUCGGACACAAUCGAUCACGAUGUCUAUCCCUCAUUGUGAAGGUUUUUUUGUACAUUUGGAACAUUUACCAAGCAUCAGUGCUCCGUUGUGCAUUGUAAGAUCACCUCAUUAGUUCAUUAACAAGAGUCUGUCACCUGUUCCAUAAUUUCUAUGUCGUCCAUUCCAAAAUGUCCCAACACAACAUGCUCGGACUGGUAAAUUCCUCUUUAGCGUUGUCCAGUUUUCCCACAGAAACGCAAGACUGUCUUGCCCCAAAGUUGAUUAUGAUUAGCUGCAACAAGCUGUGAAUGAAUGAAUGAACAUACAGCCGAGUGAGAGACCCACAACCCCGAAAUAAUGUUCUCCUGCACUGGCGUUUGUCCAGCCACAUCCUGAACACGACUUUAUGGCAGGGACGAUGCUGCCCGCUUCACUGUGGGACACUCGAAUGGCUCUGGACUGCAAGUAUGUCUGGUGGCCCGAAAGGCAGAUAUUGAUAUUAUUAAUAUUAUUAUGAAUGCCCAGUUGGUACUCUGGGUGAGAACUCUACUGUAUUCUGUAUUUUUGUAUAAAUGUAAACAAACAUACAUACCAUAUGAAUAAAGUACAUUUAUCCCACUGUU